AAGUUCCGCAGGCGUGUUCUCGGUGCUUUACAUCCGUGAUCUCUCCGCUUUCUCUCGGAAACACCUUCAUCACUUAAACUUCACCAACACUUAACGUUAAAGUUUGAUGAAGAUGAACGAGUCGCUUCACGCGUUUGACUUCGAGCGUCACUUUGACGAUCUCGCCGCGCGGGAAUGGUUCGAACAGAACUGGGGAGCGUCGUUGGUUCUGUCCGGUGUGUAUGUGCUGGUUAUAUUUCUUGGACGUGUCUACAUGAAGGACAGGCAGAAGCUGGAUCUGCGGAAGCCUCUGGUGCUCUGGUCCUUGAGUCUGGCCACGUUCAGUGUGAUGGGGGCGAUGCGGACGGGCUGGUACAUGUUCAGUGUGCUGAGGUCACGUGGGCUCCGGGUGUCUGUGUGUGACACUGGCUUCUUCAGCGCCCCUGUCAGCAAGUUCUGGGCGUUCGUCUUCACUCUGAGUAAAGCGCCGGAGCUCGGGGACACUGUGUUCAUCGUCCUGCGUAAGCAGCGUCUGAUCUUCCUGCACUGGUAUCAUCACAUCACCGUCCUGCUCUACACCUGGUACACAUAUAAAGACCGUGUGGCCGGCGGUGGCUGGUUCAUGACCAUGAACUACAUCGUCCAUGCAUUCAUGUACAGCUACUACACGGCUAAAGCAGCCGGCGCUCGAGUGCCUCGACCCUUCGCCAUGAUGGUCACGCUCAUGCAGAUCACGCAGAUGUUCAUAGGGCUCAGCAUUGUAGGGCUCCUCUACCUCUGGAAUCAUGACACCCACUGCUUCUCCACCAAGAGCAACAUCAUCUGCGCCUCUCUGAUGUACCUCAGCUACCUGCUGCUCUUCUCCGUCUUCUUCUAUCAGUCCUACUUCAAACGCUCUGGAGAGCAGAAGAGAGUGAAACGAGAGUGAGAAGAACUCAUCACUGUCCUGUCCCUUUAAACUUGCGCAAAACCAUCCAUGAAGGGAAUUGAAAACACUAGUUUACAUGCUCAGAGAUUAAAACUAGUUUAAAGAAGACUAGUUUUAGGACCA